CACCAACCUCCUCCAGUCGCCACUGCCAUGUCCGAGGAGCCGGCCACGGGCCCCCAGAAGAGCCCGCCGGCGCCGCGGGCAGGGCCCCGCGAGGUGUGGAAGAAGGGCGGCCGCCUGCUGUCGGUGCUGCUGGCCGUGAACGUGCUGCUCCUCGCCUGCACGCUCAUCAGCGGCGGCGCCUUCAACAAGGUGGCGGUGUAUGACACCGACGUGUUCGCGCUGCUCACCACCAUGAUGCUGCUGGCCAUGCUCUGGAUUCUCUUCUAUGUCUUCCGCACCGUGCGCUGCCCCGACGCCGUCCCCUACCGGGACGCGCACGCCGGCCCCAUCUGGCUCCGAGGUGGGCUGGUGCUGUUUGGGAUCUGCACUCUCAUCAUGGAUGUCUUCAAGACCGGCUACUACUCUAGUUUCUUUGAGUGCCAGUCGGCCAUCAAGAUCCUCCACCCUCUCAUCCAGGCUGUGUUUGUCAUCAUCCAGACUUACUUUCUCUGGGUCUCCGCUAAAGACUGUAUUCACAUCCACCUGGAUCUGACCCGGUGUGGUCUCAUGUUCACACUCGCCACCAAUCUGGCCAUCUGGAUGGCAGCCGUGGUGGAUGAAUCUGUGCACCAGGCCCAUUCCUCCACCAGUUCUGCCAGCAACACCAGCCACACCCGCCUCGCUUCUGACCCAGAGCGUGCGGACAGCCACGUUGGAGGAGACUGCUCGUGCGACACAGCCGUCUGCCAGAUCUUCCAGCAGGGCUACUUCUACCUGUAUCCCUUCAACAUCGAGUACAGCCUCUUUGCCUCCACCAUGCUCUAUGUCAUGUGGAAGAAUGUGGGCAGGCUGCUGGCCUUCUCUACCCAUGGCCACAGCCACACCCCAUCCCGGCUCGGCCUCUUCCGGGAGACCUUUAUUGCCGGCCCAGUCCUGGGCCUGAUGCUCUUCAUAGUAGGGCUGGCCGUCUUCAUUAUCUAUGAGGUCCAAGUGAGUGGGGAGGAGGGCAGCACCCAGCAGGCCCUGGUCAUGUACUACAGCUUCAACAUUGUCUGUCUGGGGCUCAUGACCUUGGUCAGCCUGAGUGGCUCAAUCAUCUACCGUUUUGACCGCCGGGCCAUGGACCACCAUAAGAACCCCACACGCACCCUGGAUGUGGCCCUGCUGAUGGGUGCCGCCCUGGGCCAGUACGCCAUCUCCUACUACUCCAUCGUGGCCGUGGUAGCAGGCACGCCCAGGGACCUGCUGGGGGCGCUCAACUUAGCCUAUGCUCUGCUCAUGAUUGCCCAGCACAUCUUCCAGAAUGUGUUCAUCAUCGAGAGCCUCCACCGGGGCCCGCCUGGGGCCGAUUCUCAUGAUACGCCCCCCAAGGAGCCCUGCCAUGGCCUCACCUUUGCCAACCUGGAUGCCCUCCACACCUUGCCCUCCUGCCCACCCACCCCCAGGUUGGCUGGCUCCAGCCCAGCAGGCCCUCCAGAAGCAGUGGCCAUCAUCUCGGCCCCCAAGGGGCACUGGAGAAGCCGGUGCCUGAAGGACAUUUCUCUUUUUCUCCUGCUCUGCAACAUCAUUCUGUGGAUCAUGCCUGCCUUUGGAGCCCGCCCUCACUUCAGCAACACCGUAGAGGUGGACUUCUACGGCUACUCCCUCUGGGCAGCCAUCGUCAACAUCUGCCUGCCUUUCGGCAUCUUCUACCGCAUGCAUGCUGUCUCCAGCCUGCUGGAGGUCUACGUGCUGUCCUGAAGCCCCCAACAGAGACACGGGG